AUGUCGUUUUUUUCCAAUCUAUCAAAUUCAACAUUUUUAGAUUGUGGUAAUUCAUAUGUCAUAGUUUCUAAUGAUUUCAUUGAUGCAAGUAACGCAACUAAUGUAACUGAUACUGCUACUAGAUAUGAUAUUGCAUAUACCUGUGGAUCAGAUUAUUAUUUGUACACUUUUAAAAAUAAUACCAAUAACCAAAAAUUAGUAUCAAGAAAUGUGGAACCGUAUAUUAAUCAAAUUGUGGUACACAACAAAUAUCGGUUAAUAUGGGGAAUACAACCAAUAAAAAUGAUUAUGCUCUAUAUAGUUGUGGUUUAA